UUUCCCCUACAGUUCGUGUCUUAUUGAACUGAAUUCCAGGCUAGCAGAUACAGCUGUGAUCCGCCAGAUAGCAGUAAAAUCAGCUCAAAGAAGUAAGGACAAAGACAGCAAGAUGAUGAUAUUCUCUCUGUUCCUGGCAGCUAUUAUCAGCCCUGUGUUUACUGAAGAAUGGAGGGCCAGUGUUGUAAAAGAACUUGACGCCCUGGUCACAUCCUGUGUUGUGGUACCCUGUUCAUUCUCCCAUCCUAAAGAGAAGCUGCCCACCUCCAGACUCAGAGGGAUCUGGCAUCGUUCAACUGAUAGAAACCAACACAUCUACUACGACGAUAGCAUGCAGGUCUUGGAAAACUUUAGGGGCCGCACAAAGUUGGUGGGACAUCUGGGUCAGAGCAACUGCUCUUUAGAAAUGACUAACAUUCGAGAUCAUGACAACGGCCCUUUCUGUUUCCGGAUCGAACUAGCACGAACAGAGACUGAUACAUCCACCGUUGACAAGUUCUCCUUUGUGGAGAGUUGUGUCACGUUCAAAAUGCUCCCUGAUCCUCCGAAUCCUACACUGAGUCACCAAAAGACGGCCACUCAAGAUCGACCCUACACUAUCACCUGUUCAGUCCGUCAUACCUGCCCCUCCCAUGUGCCUAAACUCACAUGGAGUAGAGGCACAGCAGAUGAUGUAAUAGAGGUCCACAAGGAAACUGGUUAUGGCUACUGGGAGGCCGAGUCCAUCCUGACCAUCAUUCCUGAGGAGAAGGAUGAUCAAAGUGAUGUCACCUGUACAGCACAAUUUAAUGGACCGAAGACAUCAUCUGCAACAGUGACACUCUAUGUAAAACGUACAGAAAAUUAUAACCACAUCAUCAUUCCCACGGUGGCAGUGUUUGGUACUGCCGUGAUCUUUGCAGUCUUCUGCAUUUUCAUGGUGAAAAAAUACAAGAAACGCAUAGCAGAGCUCCAAAAUCAAGAAGACAGUGCAUGGAACAACUUCAGACUCCAGACUGUCUCGAAGGAGGAGAAUCUAAAGGUGAGAACUGAAAAAAAGGAACUUCACUUAAAUAUGUGAAACCUCCCAGUUUGCUUUAUUUGUUGUGAUGUCCUCACAGUUGAACCAUUUAAAAAAAACAUUUAAAGAUGCAACAAUACAUUUAUAGCCACAAGGGGGCAGAAGAAAUUCAUGAAAUUCAAAAAUAAGCUUCUGCACACACAGUUUCAGCAGACACAGAGCAAAAUAAAUGUCUUUUGCACACAAUUUAGAACUGGUAUUUCAUAUGAAAUGUAUCUGGUAUUGAUAAAUGUUUUCUUAUUAUUCAUCUGUCUCUAUUUUGCCCACAUUGUGAUUAAUAAUAAAUCCAAAUGUGGUUGUAAUCAAACCUUUUAGUGCUAACUACUUAUUCUUUCAUGUUUUGUUAAAAAACAUAAUUGGAAAUCACGUGUUGUUUGUAAUAAUCAGCUUAAGUAUGCUAUGCACAGAUCAUAUUAAGCAUGGGGGGGAGAGUAAUGUCCUUUGGGUAGUGGUCAGUGUUACAUGCACAUAUUGGAUAUUAUUAACUCUAUGUCCCAAGUGAACCUUUCCAUGCAGGUCAGUCAUUGCAAAAUUACAAUGUUAUCUGUGUAUUGUUAACUUUUCUGAUUUUUUUUUUGCAUCAAAUGUGUUGAAUACAUUGUUUUUAAAAUCAUACUGUCAUAGAGGGAAAAAAAACAAUGUUUAUAUUAUUUCUUUAGUAGUGAUAACUAGCCCAAUGUUUUACAUUUGUCAUGUUUCUUUGCAUGUUUAAAGCUAUAGUGCGUAGUUCCUGUCUCUUUCAGGAGGA